GAGUAUGGCUAUCAGCAUACUGGCAACGAAAUAAUGUACAACGGCUUCACAGGCCGCAAACUCAAUUCGCAAAUUUUUCUCGGCCCCACUUACUAUCAGCGACUCAAACACAUGGUGGAUGACAAGAUACACAGCCGUGCACGAGGCCCUGUACAGAUACUUAAUCGUCAGCCAAUGGAGGGCCGCAGUCGAGAUGGAGGGCUACGGUUUGGUGAGAUGGAACGUGAUUGCCAGAUUGCUCACGGGGCUGCCCAGUUCCUUCGGGAACGCCUCUUUUUUGCCAGCGAUCCUUACCAAGUGCAUGUAUGCAAUUUGUGUGGUUUAAUUGCCAUUGCACACCAGCGUAACAAGACUUAUGAAUGUCGCAGCUGCAAAAACACUACACAGAUUUCUCUUGUCAAAUUGCCUUACGCAUGCAAGCUACUGUUUCAGGAGUUGAUGGCUAUGUCUAUUGCCCCUCGAAUGAUGGUCGGCUCCAGCCCUGCAUUUUGA